GCUUCACAACAAUAUACGCAGUCGGUGUGAGGAAGCAAACGCCUGCUGUUCUGUCAGGUACAUUAGAGCACUCGUUUGAACCGGAGAAUACUCGUUUUCAGUCAAGCUGACAGUCUGACUGGAUGUGUUUUUGUUGGUUUUUCUGUUUUAUUUCUGAAAUAAUUUGCUAGCUCGGUUGCUGGCUGCCGAGACGCCCAGGCAAGAGGCAUCGCCCCGGCACUCCCAUGCAGGGUCGCGGCUGCGUUUAGGCUGCUGUGCAGGCCAGCUGUGCGACGCAGGUUCCUCCUCACCGGGCGGGUUUGGGACUGCGAACCUCCUGCGCAUCGCUGCGCAUCGCUGCGCAGCCUUCCUCCACACGCACGCAGCGAGCGAUGGCUCUGGCCGAAAUGGAGGACGGGCGCGAGGGGGAGGAGGCGGACGUGAUCGCGCGGGGCAGCGCGCUCGGGGCGUUCAGCGAGGGCGCCGAGACGCGCGAGCUGAUCGCCGGGCUCGCGGAGACGCACGAGGACCUGCAGGCGCGAGAGGCCGUGACGCAGAGGUUCCUGGUUAUAAUGGACAGAUACCAAGAGCAGCCCCAUCUCCUGGACCCCCAUCUUGAGUGGAUGGUGAACAUGCUUCUGGAGCACAUUCGGAGUGAACAGUCUCCACCCCUCCUGGUCCAUUUGGGCUUUAAGUUCCUCUACGUCAUCUCAAAGGUGCGAGGUCACAAGGUUUUCAUGCAGCUCCUUCCUCACGAGGUGUCCGACGUGCAGCCCGUUCUGGACCUGCUGACCCGCCAGGACCCCAAGGAUCAUGAGACCUGGGAGACACGCUACAUGCUGCUCCUCUGGCUCUCCAUGACCUGCCUCAUACCCUUUGACCUCUCCCGGCUGGAUGGCCACUUGACCUCUGAGCCAGCUGUAGCCAGAGAGCCCAUCAUGGACCGCAUCCUCGCUGUUGCCAAGUCGUACCUGUCCGUCAGUGACAAAGCUCGGGACGCGGCCUCCAUACUCGUCUCAAAGUUUGUGACCCGUCCGGAUGUGAAGCUGAGGCGUCUGGGGGACUUUCUGGACUGGAGCCUGGCGAUGCUGUCUCAGGCCAAUGAUCUGACCAUGGAGGGGACGGUGGUGCUGGACGGGGUGCUGCAGUCUCUGGCCCAGCUCUUCAAGCACGGAAAGAGGGAGGACUUUCUCCAGUACGCCCCGACUGUGCUGCGCUGUGUGGACCAGCGGCACUUGGCGGACAGUAAGCAGGCCAUGCUGCGGAAGCUGGGUGUCAAGCUGGUGCAGAGGCUGGGCCUGACCUUCCUCAAGCCCCGCCUGGCCAAGUGGAGGUACCAGAGAGGGAGCCGGUCGCUGGCCGCCAACCUCAUGCAGCCCAGCAGCGCCGCCGCCCUCUCGAACCCGCGGCCGGACCCCGAGCCGCCGAGCCCGGAGGAGGACUACGAUGUCCCUGAGGAGAUCGAGAACGUCAUCGAGCAGCUCCUGGUGGGACUGAAGGAUAAGGAGACCAUUGUGCGUUGGUCUGCCGCCAAGGGGAUUGGGAGGGUGACGGGCCGACUUCCCAAAGAGCUGGCGGAUGAGGUGGUGGGCUCUGUGCUGGAGUGCUUCAGCUUCCAGGAGACGGAUAACGCCUGGCACGGAGGCUGCCUGGCCCUGGCGGAGCUGGGCCGCCGCGGCUUGCUGCUACCCUCGCGACUCCCUGACGUGGUGCCGCUGAUCCUCAAGGCCCUGACGUAUGAUGAGAAGAGGGGGGCGUGCAGUGUGGGCUCCAACGUGCGCGACGCCGCCUGCUACGUGUGCUGGGCCUUCGCCCGCGCCUACGAGCCACCCGAGCUCACGCCCUUCGUCACCCACAUCGCCAGUGCUCUGCUGAUCACAGCCGUGUUCGACAGGAACGUCAGCUGUCGCAAGGCCGCCUCUGCAGCCUUCCAGGAGAAUGUGGGCAGACAGGGCACAUUUCCGCAUGGUAUCGACAUCCUGACGGCUGCCGACUACUUUGCCGUAGGAAACCUGAACAACUGCUACCUGAGCAUCAGCAUCUACAUCGCCAGUUUCCCAGAAUACACCAGGCCGCUGAUCGACCACCUGGUGGCGAUGAAGAUCAAUCACUGGGAUGGGGUGAUCAGAGAGCUGGCCACUAAAGCGCUGCACAACCUGACCCCACAGGCACCUGACUACAUGGCCAACACAGUUCUGCCGCAGCUGUUGCCCAUGGCAACAGGGCUGGACAUGCAUGGACGACAUGGGGCCAUCUUAGCAUGUGCUGAGAUCACCCACGCCCUCUACAAACUGACCGCUCAGACCGGCAGGCCUGUGACUGACGUCCUCUCGGCCGAGUGUGUGGAGGGCUUGAAGGGCAUUCAUCAGAAGCUCUUUGACAGACAGCAGUACAGGGGGUUCGGCGGGGAGCUCAUGCGACCGGCAGUCUGCACACUCAUAGAGAGGAUGUCCCUCUCCAAGAUGCCCUUCAAGGACGACCCCCUUCUGAGCGGCUGGCAGUGGCUGAUUGAUGACAGCUUGAAGAGUCUUCACCUCUUCUCCAUCGGAGCCAGACAGAACAUCAAGGAGAUGGCCGUGUCGGCGCUGGCCGCCCUGUGUCAGGAGUACUACCAGCCGCAGCUGGGCGUGGCCGACCCCCACAUGCAGGAGAUGCUGGUGAGCCAGUACAUUGCGGCGCUGAAGAGUCCGGAGGUUCUGACCCGGUGUGGCUGUGCCUUGGCACUGGGGUCACUGCCCCAGUUCAUGAUACAGAGCAAACUGCACCAGGUGCUGGAGGGCCUACAAUCGACCUGCAGAAUCUCCCAGAAGGAAAUGAGUUUCACUGAAGCCAGGAGAGAUGCAGUCAGAGCCAUGGCACAGGUGUGUGUGACAGCGGGCGUCUCACCCCAGGGGCCAGCGCACUCAGUGCUGUGUGCAGAGAACGUGUCCCAGGUCUACUGCACCCUGCUGGACUGUAUGAGCGACUACACCACUGACAGCAGGGGCGACGUCGGGGCCUGGGUCCGAGAGGCUGCCAUGACCAGUCUGAUGGAGGUGACCCUGCAGGUGGUCAGCAGUGACCCUGAGCUGCUCUCUCCUGAGCUCUGCCGGCGUAUGAUGUGCUGUCUGGCGCAGCAGUCCGCCGAGAAGAUUGACCGAUACCGCGCUCACGCCGGCGCCAUCUUCCUGCGCCUCCUCCACAGCCGCGACCCCGCAGUACCACACAUCCCCCACCGGGAGGAGCUGCUGAGCAUAUUCCCAGCGGAGGAAGUGGACACCCUGAACUGGAAUGCUCCGUCCCAGGCUUUCCCCCACAUCACCCAGCUUCUGCGCCUGCCCCAGUACCAGUACCACACCCUGCUGGGCCUCACUGUGUCUGUGGGGGGGCUCACCGAGUCCACGGUGCGCUUCUCAGCGCAGUCCCUGUUCGACUACCUGAAGAGCAUCCAGCAGGACCGUCCCGCACUGGAGCAGUUUGGGGCCACGCUGCUCUGCAUCUUCAGAGACCACCUGCGCAAUGACAGGGUGUCCAUCCCGCUGCUGAAGAUGGUGGACCAGAUGCUGGCCAACGGCUGCUUUGACAUCUUCACCCGCCAGGACGAUCAUCCCUUCUGUGUGGACCUGCUGGCUCUCUGUAAAGAAGAAAUCAAGAAAUCCAAAGACAUCCAGAAGCUUCGCUCCAGCAUCACAGUGUUCUGUGGGCUGAUCCAGUUUCAGGGUGAGGUCCGCAAGAAGGUUCUGUUCCAGCUGCUGCUGCUGCUCUGCCAUCCUUUCCCUGUGAUCAGGAAGACUACGGCCAGCCAGGUGUAUGAGAUGCUGCUGACCUACGAUGAUGUCAUCGACCCCAGCGUCAUGGACGAGGUCAUGAACCAGCUGAGCGACACCAACUGGGAGGCUGACCUGUCUGUGGUGCGGACCUACCGGAACCAGCUCUGUGAUUGGCUGGGGGUUCAGAGGCCUACCCUGGUUACCAAGAGCCCCUCCCAGUGAGCCUCCAGCAGCAGCGGGCGUGGCACUGGACACGGGUUCGAGAGGAGUACGGAGCAGCUCCCCGUGCCUGGCUGUGGAACCUGGAAUCUGUCUCUCUGUCUCUCUCUCUCUCUCUCUCUCUCUCUCUCUCACUCCCUCUC